AUACUUCUCAAUGCCAACAUCAGCCUCUACACCCAUUGACUGGUCCUGAUCUGACUUGAAACCCGUUCUACGAUUUCAUUUACCUCGCCCGUUCGCAAUGGCGAUAUUUCAAGCAAAGAAAUAUCGGAGUGCCGCCGAUGCCGGCACGUUUGCCGCGAAAUACCGUGCUAUGAUGGCGAAACACCCGUUCUUGCUAUUCGGGCUACCAUUCAUGUCUGUUAUCGUAGCUGGAUCCUUUGUGCUAACACCUGCCACGGCCGUACGAUACGAGAAACAUGACCGACGAGUUAGACAAAUGACGCGGGAAGAAGAAUUAGGAGUCGGUAGAACAGGGCGGAGAGUCAAUAUGAAGGACGAAUAUUAUAGGCUCGCUGCUAAAGACAUAGAUAACUGGGAACAGAAGCGUGUCAAGAGACUUCCUGGAGAGCACGACGGCGUGUUAUAAAAAUGUUCAGCCUACGGAACAACUUCACAGUCGAUUAUUAGCAAUGCCAUACUAAAACUCAGGAUUCGAUAUGCUUAUUUUAGAGCAUCUGAGUUGAUCACGAUAUGAGCGGUCCGUAUAUCAGGGGGCCACUUCGAGCCCAAAUAAAUCCUCAGGCCCGACUACUCAAUUAUCGAUUCUGAUGAAAUACUCGUAGUAGUUGUGGUAAAACUACACAACGACUAAGAAUAAAUACUUCCCUCGGUCACCCUAUUACUAUUAUAAUAGCUUAGAGUGGUUUCUUUGAAAGCUUCAUGUGUUGUCUUGAUCUAGGCCGAUGCGCUAGAGGUUAUAUCGCGCGAGAUUCCACGAUUCAUCCAAAGACUAAAGUUCGGGAGUCGGCCGAUGAUUAGGGUUGGACCACUUUCAUGCUUUCUACCGCCACCCACAAUGGACCUAGAAGAGCCUGAAGAGGGGUAGCUUGAGCUCUCAAUGUCAGCUAGGUAUGCUUUAUAGUGCGAGAGAUGUACCCAAUGUAUUCAGUCCUGCCACUACAUAUCAAACAUAAUACGCAUCAAAUACGAAAUAUUGAUUGCCUGCAGUCUUAUCAGCAGCCAUUCUCGGCAUUGCAACUGUUCGGUUUUAC